AUGCCUCUCCAGCGACCGACCAUGGCGACAAAGGACACCGAUCCCAGCGGAGAUGUCUCCCUCCUCUCCUCCUCGCCCUCACCGCUGCUCUCCCCUACCAGCGCCGCAUCCUUCUCCCCCUCCUCUCAUAACUACAGCUCAACCCCCUCCACCUCCACCACCUCACCAACGCGCUCCGCCUGCCUCGGCCCCUCUCCCACCACCACCGACUCCUCGCGGCAAUCCAUGCCCGUCUACCCCUCCCGCUCCUCCUCCGCCUCCUACACCUCGCGGCAAUCGAUGGGUGGCCUCGAGCGCCCCAAACGGCGGGGUUACGUGCGCCCCCAGGGAACCAACUUCGCCGCCUCCGCCCAGUCCCGCGAGAGCGUCAUGAACCUCGGCAGCAUCGCCCAUCUCCAAUACUACUUCGCGCGCACCGGGCUCCUCGACGGCAAAGGUGGGCAGCUAGCCAAAAGGAAGGACCCCAACGGCCUAGACCUCUCCUCUCUCGAAGGCGGCCUCCUACCCCCAGGCCGAAGAACAAGCCACCACUCCGACAAAGACGGCUCCUAUUCCUCCAUGCGCAGCAGCCCCGACCUGACCCCCCGCCGCCGACACAGCGGUCUCGGCUCCCCCGGCCCCAUCUCCGCCGAGCCAGACAGCUACGACUACGAGUCGGAAUACGACUCCGACGCCUCGCACGCCGAGAUGCUCCCCCCCACCGUCUCAACAUACAACCACCGCACCAAACUCGUCCCCCGCCCCCCCACUUUCGCCGAGCUGAAAUCAGACCUCGAGUCCUCCCUCCGCGCCGCAACCCAGGCCCUCUCCGAAGCCACCUCCCCCCCCUCCCCCUCCAGCGCCGCGGCCCCAGCCAAAAAAAUUCCCCACCUCCGCACCCCCUCCUCCCUCUCCCUCUCCGGCUCAAGACGCCGCUCCGAAUCCGACGCUACCGCCCUCCUCAUCACAACCCCCGCCCCAACCAGCAACCCCUCCAACGCCUCUGACCCCUCCACGCGCGACCCAGACCCAAACCAAGGCUGGCACGAGCUCCAAGGCCUGCACAUCCUCGACAUCCUCACCCUCGCCAUCCGCGCCGCGCGGCGCUACUACACAUCCCACGCGCACCCGUCACGGCUCUCCUCCAUCCGCUCCGAGCGUCGCAUCCGCGCUGACCUCUUGGGUGUCAUGGAUGUGCUCCGACGCAUGGCGACGCGGAAUUUCGCGCACGGUCUCCGCGACGACGAGGCGAGGACGAUCAGUGAUUGGGUGAAGGGGGUGUGGGAUAUGCUCGCUAAGGAAGAGGCUAUUGAGCGCGAGGAGAUGGAGGAAAGGAGGGCGUGGACGUGGUUGGAUGAUCGGUUGUGGAAGGGGGGGGGGAGGUGGAUGUUGUGCGGGAGAUUGCGUUUUUGCGCGCGAUGGCACCCGCUGCUUCGCUGCCGGAUUAUGCGCCUGUGGAGUUUCCGGGGGCGGGGGAGGGAGAGGUGAAGUUGGGACCCUUCUGGGAGGGGCUGAGGACGGGGAAGGUGCUGGUAGAGUUGCAUAAUGCGGUUGUGGCGCGCUCGAAGCGGCCGUUUGGCGCUAUUCCGGUGUGGCAUACCGACACCGCCAAGCCGUAUCGGUGUGCGGAGAAUCUGCGGUUCUGGAUUAAAGCCGCCGAGUUGAGGUGGGAGGUGCUUCUUACGGUUG